ACGUGGGACUGCAAAAGAACAAAAAAAUGCACUCCAUUUGAUUCUCCACAAACGUCCCUUACAUGUCUCCCGAACUAAAGCUUCGCACACCUUGUCUUUCACCGAAAACCUCCCUAACAUGUGUUUCUCAUUUACCCUCAUUCCAUUCCCAUUACUUCCUUCUUAAAACCUUCCUCUAAGUACUAUUCCCUUUCUCCUUCAACCUCUCAACCAUGGCUGAGCUUCGUCCAAUCCACCAGAGAUCUAGUGUCACCUCUUUCCUACGCAAAAUCAAAGCCCAUACCCCCGACUCCGCUCAACUUCUCGGCCUCUUGGCUCUCUUCAUUUUCGCUUCUAUCCUUAUAAUCCUCACUGGCCUUACCGUCACCGCCACCAUUCUUGGUUUCAUAUUUUUUAUGCCAUUGAUCUUGGUUUCUAGCCCCGUAUGGUUCCCAGUUGGCACCGUGCUUUUUGUUACCAUUGCUGGCUUCUUAUCAGCAUGCAGCUUUGGAGCUGUUGCCGUGGCGGGGUUGUCUUGGACGUACCGUUACUUCAAUGGCAUGCUCCCAGCAGGGUCCGAUAAGGUUGCCAAUGUGCGGAGACGAAUAUAUAACACGAACACCUAUGUGAAGCACUAUGCUAUGGAAUAUGGUGUGAAGAUGAUCGCGUAAAUAGUUUGUACAACAAUCAAAUUAAAUGAUUAAUUUACCAGAUAACAAGAUUACAUAUUUGAAAAUUGUUUAUUGCU